GCCAAACCUCAAAAACCUAACCUAAACAUUUAUGGAUUAUUUUGUAUUUGAAAUAUAGUGUAAACCAGUAGGUAUUUGGGCAGAGUUUUAAAUAAUGUAAAAAAUAUAUUAAAUAAAUUUUGUUAUGGCCCAUAACUUAUGGGGCUACAAGUGGAAGAAAAUAUUGAGGUUUAAUUCAACCCCUUCCGCAAAAAUAUAAGGUCGUGCGCGAUAUUUAUUUCCUAUAUAGUUGUCCUUGACUAAAAACCAUCCUGACAAGCGCAAAAAGUAUAAAAGAUGUUGCCAAAGUUCACUUCGUCUCCUAAAAGGACCCUUCAAUAUUAAAAACAUUUUUUUCGUUUUCGGGAUUUUAAGUGAUGUUUGGCAACGUUGUAUGCGGGUAGUGUGAACAUUAAUGAGGCAGAGUGGUGUUAUUGCGCACGAUUGCAGCGCAAGGUAGAUGACAAAGCUAAGGUCUUAGCUAAAGAUCGUAGUAGAGCUGAUACUAACUACAUUUUCCGCUAUUAACUGUAAUAUGUUUAAAAGAGGUGUUUAAUAAAUACCAUAACCCAGUGUUUGUAUUUAAAUAACAUAGUUUCGUGUAAACCGUGUGGUGUUCAACAUAAGCACGCAAAAUGUUUUCGGGACUCACAAAUCAAGUAACAUCAUGGAUGGGGAAUGUUAAAGGGGAUCAUGAAGAGAAGGUCCCAACUCCUACGGAGGACAGUAACGUCCUUCUUAGUCCUGACAAAAAGGAUGGGAGUCCAACAAAGGCAACAGCAGAGGGUGGUAAAUUAGCGAUGCUAACAAACGUAAAGUCACAAAUUGAAGGUAUAGGUGGUUGGUUGGGAUCCAGUAUCCCAAAGUUAAGGAAAGGUGAAGAGGGUUUGGCUGAGGCCACUGGUGAGGAUAAUUUGGGUAUCACAGAUGACGCAGCUGGUCCAGGCUCUGAGGCCAAAGGUUCUUCACCAAUGCCGAAAGAUGACGACGAUAAUUCAAGUGCAACCGGAGGGGCAGAUUCCGGUCCAGGGUCCGCAGCUGAAUCUCCGACUGAGGAAAAAGACGGCCAUCUUGGAAAUGUGCAAAGUAAAGCACUAGCAGGGGCUAAAUCGUUUGGAAGUUUCCUUUACUCAGCUGUUAAUAAGGCCGGAAAAACUGUUAGUGAAGCUAGUGCUAAAAUUAAAGAAACUGUAGAAAAGAAUAGUAUUUUAGGCGAGUUUAAUAAGGAACAGGAAGCAUUUAUGAAAGGACAGGAAGGCAACACCGCCACAUCUCUACCACCGUGGACAGGAUGUUCAAAUGAAGAAGCCCUCAAGGACGAAUGCUUGAGCUUGUCAACUGACAAGAGGAAUUUUGUUCGCAGCCCGCCAGCUGGAGUCGAUUUCCAAUUCGACUACGAAGUGUCUUAUCCCGUUGCUAUGGCCAUAAUGGAACAGGACCCCAACUUGGAAAAAAUGCGCUACGAACUUGUGCCUAAAGUAAUAUCCGAAGAAAACUUCUGGAAGAAUUACUUUUACCGCGUGAGCCUAAUCUGCCAGGCCAACGAAUUGUCGUUUAUGUCAAGAGAAGGCGAUAGUCAUUCUGCUUCAGAAACUCUCAUCUCCGAUCAACCUUUAGAUAGUGCAAGUAAAGACUCGCAUGAGUUUGUAUCUGACACAUUGCAAGCCAGAAGUGAAGAUUUAGUCGAGGUCCAAGAGGGAAUGAAAAAACUGGCACUUGGAUCGAAAACCAAAGAAGAAGACUGGGAACGCGAACUUGAAGCCGAGUUGCAGGACUACGAGCUAGUCAGCGAACAUAAGGCCAACAAUCCCAACUGGGAGCAGGAAAUUGAAGAAAUCCUUCAGGAAGAAACUGACUUGAAGUAAUCCUUACCGUUCAACGGCUCUAUGUACUUAUGACUGAUAUUACAUUCCAAAUAUCAUCGUUUUUGAAACUAUAUUUCUAGUCAAUAUUCUAUACUAUGGUCUAAUUAAGCGAAACCAUUGGCAUGAUCAAAAUUGCUACGCACAUUUCGGAAUGUCAAAUGCUUGCAAAAGAAUCGAAACCACUCAAAACCUAAAUACUUAUGAAUCUUCUUACUUAAAUAAAAUAAAAUGGCUAUACUCGUUAUGAUUUUAUAUGAUGUGUAUUUUUCGAUUUCUAGUAAUAUCUAUCUAAGGGAUAUUUUCGGGUCUACACCUACGUCUAUAUGUCUUAAAAAAGUAACUAUCACUUAAUAUAAAAUCAAUUUUCUAUAGAAUACC